AUGCCGACAGUGUCGAGGGCAGGGGCGUAUGAACACUCAAGUGGGAGAGGGAAAGUUGUGGUGAAGGUGUUGGUGGAGGCCGUGACAAGAAGGAUCCUGCGCACUAGUGGUGGCAAUGACGACGAAGGCGUGGUGGCGAUCGCAUCCAUCGAAUAUGUAAGGCAAGAGAACAUGUUCCUGGGGACACUCACGAUGCAGGAAACCAUCACCUACUCAACCCACCUAUGGCUUCCGACUAUAGGCAAGAGGGAGGCAGAGGUGGCAGUGGUGGUGGAGGUGGUGAUCCUUGAGAAGGCGCUGCAGGAGUGCGCAGACAGGUUGAUCAGGAAUUGA